AUGUUUGUUUAUGUGGGUUAUAAGUUAAAGUUUCCCCAGCCUUUAAACAAGAACGCAUACCAAUGCCUGAAGAGGAGGACGAUGAACGACCAAGAAAGUGGUACGCCCCGUAGUCAGGAAGAUCUCAACAAGUUUAUAAACCUGUCAGAAACAGUUGGUGGUUUUCCGACUCGUAAGUAUCUAAAUGAGAAAGUUACACCCACUUUACUAGAGGGUAUGAGAAUGAUAGCGGUUCGUAAGCCUGAAGACCCACUAAAGGUUCUGGGACAAUUUCUGAUUGAUCACAGCGAUGAAAAGACGAAAGUGGCUGAUGAUGCGAGUAAAUAA